AUGAGUUCUUUGGUAGGCCGAUGUGCGCAUUUGGUUUUGAACGACGAAUGGGUUCUCUGGGAGGCUAUGACCGAGGACAAGACAAAGGGUAAUCCGCACAAGGAGCUGAUUCCCUGCCCUUGCAAGGGCUUUACCAAAGAGGCACCCAAAAAGGGAAAUUCGUCCCCCUUUUCAACUUCAAGAUUCGUUAAGAAAAUCAUCGCGGUAGGAACAGCGAAGCCUGGAAGGAUGGCAUCGUUUGUGUGGCAAAUACUCGGAUGGGGACCCAGCCGGGUCCCGCCGGCAAGAGACCCAACAGACGAGGUCCUCCCUUGCCACACUUGGGAUGAUUCCAAAAUGCUCCGGUCAUUCACGGUUAUGUGGAUGUUCCGCUUCGAGGAUGUCUUGGACCCGGACAUGCUCCAUGCGGCACUGGCGGAACUGUUUGAGAUGGACGGCUGGAGACGCCUUGGUGGAAGGCUCAGACUGAGACCAGACGGCAAGGGAGAAGUCCAUAUUCCGAAGAAGUUCACGCCGGAGCGGCCCGCCGUCUACUACACCAAGGCGCACCACGCCAUGCGCAUGUCCGACCACCCGGAGGCCGCCAAGCUCCCCGCCGCAGGGUCUCGCCCGGCAACCUUCCCCAACGCCCGGCAAUACGCCAGCCUCAGCGUCGGGCCUGGCGCUCCCCAGUGCAUCGAGGACUUCUUCUACUCGGACCUGCCGCAGUACGCCCUCCACGUAGUCACCUUUGAGGACGGGACACUCGUCACGGUGAGCCACAAUCACGCGACGAGCGAUAUGGGCGGUCUGUCCACUAUCAUGUCCGCCUGGAGUCUGGUCCUCGCCGGCAAGAAGGACAGCGUGCCGCCGCUCGCUGGAUGGGAUAGCGACCCCAUGGCUGCCAUCUACAAAGCCGAGCUGACAGACGGGGUGCCUCUCGAGAGGGCGCAUAUCGAAGACAAGCUUCUCACGGGGUGGCGUCUGGCCGUCUUUGGCAUCCGGUUCCUGUGGGAGUCUACCUUUGCGAACCACGAAUCGCGCAUCCUCUGCAUCCCUCGGAAGGUCAUUGAUGCGCUUAUGGCACAGACGCGGGGCCAGCUGCCCCAGUCGGUCGACUCCGAAACUUCGGAAAAGCCAUUCGUCAGCGAGAACGACGUAAUUGUAGCGCUGAUGCAGCAAGUCUACGCAAUGGCGCACCCCGCCGGGUCGCAGCGCACCAUCGCCAUCCUCAUGGCCGUGGAUCCUCGUGGCCGGGUCGGGUCGGCUCUCCGUCCGGACACUGCGUACGUACAGAACGCUCCGUGCGGCGCCUUCGUCAAGUGCGCCGCAGCAGACGCUCAGACCAUGACUCUUGGUGAGCUAGCUUCGCGGUGCAGGAGCGACGUCGUUGCGCAGACUACCGAGGCCCAGAUCAAGGCCAACGCAAACCUCGUUUACAGGAGCCUGUUGGCGAGCGGGACUCAGCCCAUCGUCGGCGACUGCACGAUGGAGUUUACCAGCAUGUCGAACUGGUCCAGGGGCAAGCUGUUGGAGAAGACAGAUUUUGGGCCCGCGGUCGUCACUCCAGGGAAAGGUUUGACACCCGGGAAGCCUGUAUAUUUCCAGGCGCAAAGCAUCGAACCGAAGAAUCCUCUGUCCAUGACUGUUUGUAUCAUCAACGGCAGAGAUGUGAACGGCGACUUGUGGAUGAGCUGUGAUCUGAAACCCCAUGUUUGGACUCUUCUGAUGGACCACUUGGGCAAGAUCGAUGAAAGUGGAUGA